AUGGCCAUGGAUCCGCAGAGCGUGGCGUUUACCCCUCGUGAGGAUGCGUGGCGCUUCCAGACGGAUAUGCAUCAAGUUCGACAGACGCAGGUGGAGCACUCGGAGCGUUUGGCGCGAUUGGAGAGACAGCGGGAGGAUGAGGCACGGUUGAAGUCGUUGUGGGGGUCCUCAUCUGCGUUCCCGAGCGUGCUCGGUGGGACUCCGCAGCAAGUUCCCGUCCAGCAACCUCAUGUCGACGUGUUCACCGACUUCGACGACCAAGAAGCCAACCUCAUUGGCAGCCUCCAUCUCGAUGCGGACGAUGAACCCCGCCGAUUGGGUACGACUUCGCGGGCAAAUAGCGUGCGGUUCGACGAGUCGGCGAAUCAGGGCCAUUGGUCACACACGCAGAGAUCAUCCCUCGACCUCAUCUCUCGGACCGGAAGUGGAAUGGGCACUCAUCCGAUGAUCGAGCGGACGUACUCUCACAAGUCUGAUGGACGGCAAAGCUCUGCGGGUCACUCCGUGCACUCCCUCGCAUCCGGAAGAGCCAACAGCAUGGGGUUGGAAACCUCCGCGUUCGGUUUGUCGAACCCGUCUCCGGUUGAGACUCCGGGACUCUCACCUGGACUGUUCAUCCUAGGAUCCGUGCCGUCAAUCAUUCGCUGUUGGUUGAACACGAACUUCAAGCACGACUCUCUGCUUUAUGCGGCGAUCUGUACAGGAUCAUACACUUCGUUUCUUGACGUCCGCAUCAUUGAUCGGCUGCAGUUUCGCUCUCAGAUCACGGCCGAUGACGAGGGGAACCAGAAAUUGAAGCUCGCGGUCUAUCUUCCCGAGGCGAUCACCCACCCAGCAUCCUCUCGGUCCAGUAGCCCGGUCCCGCAGCUACCCUCUCUCACCGUGGAGUUUACCGUAGUUGACAUCGCAGGCGCCAACGAAAAUCCGAAGGCCAUUCAGAUCUUCUUGGGGAGUGAUAUCCUCCGCGCUCACAACGCGGACGUGCUUUUCUCCACCAACACGCUUAUUCUGUUCGACGACGACCGCACGAAACUGUCUGUUCCGCUCGUCCGUCCUGAAGAUGACCGAACUUUCAAGUCCCUCUUCACCAGCAGCGGCAUCGGCCAUCGGAUUCGAAAGGAGGUCCUCCCCGACGAACCCCCCACCACCGAUCUCGAAACCAAUUGGCGCACCCGCCCCGACCGCACCGGCACGCCUCUCUCCACCACCGAACCCACCGGCUCUCCUCCCGCCCCCUCAACCGCAUCCGCCCACAACCCCGACCUCCCCCAACCCGCCACCGACAUCCCCGGCCUCGCCCACCGCCCCAAACUCACCACCCUCACCACCCAAUCCCCCUCCAAAGACCGCCCCCCCACCAGCACCACCUACACCCCCGCCCCCUCCUCCGCGUCCCUCCGCCCCCCCAGCGCCACUUCCACCUCCGCCUCCGCCUGGACCACUACCAGCUGGCGCCGCGACGACGCCUCCGCCACCACCUCCGCGCCUCCCUCCGCCUCCGCAUCCACCCCGCCCGCCUCCACCAGCACCCGCACCCAAAUGGACUGGUCCACCGCGACCAAGUCCCUCAGCGGCGCGUCCGCGACGCCGCGCGCACGCGACCACGGCAUCAAGGUCCUCAAACCCGUGCGGGCGACGUCGCGGGGGUUUUCGGUCAGUGGGGCGGCGGUGGGAGGGCAGAGUCGUUUUUUUGAGGAGGGGAAGAGGAGGGGGAGUAGUGAGGAGGGGGAGGAGGAGGGGGGGAAGGGUGCGGUGGUGAGAGAGGGGGGAAAGGAGAAGGAGAAUCGAGGGAGGGAGAAGGGGAGUAAGGUGCCCGGGAUCACGACGGCUCCGGCAAAGAAACGCAAACUCUCCCAACCCCCGCCCGAACAACGCCCUUUACACGAUAAAGGACCUCCUCUGUCUCUCUCGGACAAGGUCGUCUCAGACACGCACCAAACCAGCGAGGCCGAACGAGCCAAAGCGGCGCCCCGGCGUUCGUCACCUCGUUCCGCCUCCAAGCCCCCGACUGCUACUUCUACGUCCGCGUCCCGCGCCCGAAGAUCCUCUGCAACUCCGUCCGCCCCGUCGCUACCACCCCACAUGCAGGACGAGGUGUUGGACGCCGCCAUCGAGAACGCCGCGGCGGCUCGUCAAUCCGCCGCCCCGUCCGAUCAACCCACCAACGCCAGCUCCCCCUCCUCCCUCUACGCGAACUUGACCCUCGAUUCCCAAGGCGAGAUGUCCUCCUCACCCUCCGAGAACAACCAUGACUCCCCCCCCGCCGACACCAACGGCACCGAGUUCUCGUCCUCCCCGCCCACCGAGCACGACCCCAGAAAGCCUUCCGUCCCCCGUGCCCCUCGCUCCUCGUCCCCCACUAAGCGUCCCGCAUCCGAUAUGGAGGACGAGAACGAUGCGGUGCCGCAGGAGGAGAUGGAGUUCGAGCGGGAGAAAAUCAGCCGACCGAACCUUCGCGGUGGAGAAGACCGGCGAUCCGCUCGCUCGCAAACCGAGGGGUCGGAUGCCACGAUGCAGUCGCUGCCGGACUCCAGUGGUGCGACCACCCAGGAGGCGUCGUCGCCGGACACGUCGGUGCAGCAGACCAGCGAUGAACGAUCUUCAGGAACGGCGACGCCGCCAUCGAUUGAUGAGCAGCGAAGCAUUGUGAUGGGGUUGAUUGGGAAAGAGCUGAAGGAUGGACAGGUGGGGUACCUGGUUGCGAAGCCGUGGCUUCAGCGAGUGCUUUCGCGCACCUCAGAUGCGAAGGCGGGAGAAUUUGGCAAGGCUGCCGUGGAUGGGGAGAUUGGACCCGUGGACAAUUCCACUCUGCUUCCCGAAGGAGCAUGGGACUCCAAUCUCAUCGAUGAAAAAGGGCAGCCGUUCAUCCCGAUCCGUCCGGAUCUGCGAAUGGGCACGGACUUCGAGGUCCUCCCGGAAGAAGCAUUCAACAAGAUCAUGGCGUGGUACAAAGUUAAGAGCACGGAACACAUCCUCACUCGCUAUGUGCACGACGCCGCCCCUGAGGCGGAGGUGCAUAAUCUCAUGUACGAGACCUACCCACCGGUCUUCACCCUCACCAAAAUCGGCGACGGCGAUGAUGCCAAGCCUGCACCCAAAAUCCUUGCGAGCCGAAGCAUGUUGUUUAUCACUUUUCUCAUGCUUGCGAAGCGAGCGCUUGAUAUUGUUUUUGAGCACAAAGUUCGCGUGUGGCGACGAAUUGAGACCUUGCCAGGCGUCACCGACGCCGAAAUGGGCGUGUCGGUUGAAGGGCCAAGCCUGCCCGCACCCGAGUCAUCAUCAAACUCACCUGAAACCAUGCUCAUCGAUCUGAAAACCUUCAAUGAUAUGGCGGAAGGCACGCAGCGGGAGUUGGUCGAUGUUAAGGACGAAUCCAUGAACAAGAAUUACAACGGUCAUCUGGAGCUCGCCACUAUCGGUCUGCAAGCCAGUCAAGUCUUGAUCUUCGAGCAAACCACCACUGGGAAAGUGGAGCGGUUCCAAUCGGAGUCCGCCAAGCAGCCCCGGGGGGCUGGAACCAAGAGCCAGGCGCAGUCGGAGACGGGCAGCCGCAGGAAUAGCCCCGUCCCUCAACAUACAGCACGAGGCCGUCCGAAGUCGAAGAGGUUGCAGAGGCGCAAGAUCCCCGGCACGGUCGGCUUGUCGAAUCUGGGAAACACCUGCUUCAUGAACUCGGCGUUGCAAUGUCUCAAGAGCAUCCCGGAGCUGAGCAUCUACUUCCUCCGAAACGAGUAUCGCAAGGAGUUGAACCCCGACAAUCCGAUCGGGCACAGCGGCCAGAUGGCGAAGUCGUACGCCGAGCUUCUCAAGCAGUUGUUCGAAUCGGAUGUCCCGGUGACGCCCAGCAAUUUCAAGAGGGUGACCAGCAAAUGUGCGCCGCAGUUCUCUGGCUACCAGCAGCAUGAUUCGCAGGAACUGCUGAGCUUCCUCGUGGACGCGUUGCAUGAGGAUCUCAAUCGCAUUCUCAAGAAACCGUACAUUGAGAAUCCGGAGUCGGACGACAACACGGUGCAUGAUCCGCAGGCUGUCAUCCAUCUUGGCAAUCAGAUUCGCUCCAAUUAUGCGGCGAGAAACGAUUCGGUCAUCAUGGAUCUGUUCAACGGGUACUACAAGAACACUAUGCUUUGCCCGGACUGCGAGAAGACGAGCAUCACAUUUGACCCAUACUCACUCAUCUCCCUCCAACUCCCCAUCGAGCAACCCUUCCAGCACGAAAUCCGUUUCGUUCCGGUCUCCGGACCCGUCCUCAAGCUGCUUGUCGACAUCGACAGAAACUCCUCCAUCAAGCAGCUCAAAAUCUACAUCUGCAAUCAAGUCGGCUGCGACGAUUGGCGACGUCUCUUCAUCUUUGACGUGUUCCAUGGCAAGCUGUACAAUCACCUGCUGGACAACGCCGCCAUCGCCGAAUGCGGCCUCCAGCCAGCCGACGUGCUCUUCGCCUACGAGGUCGAACACGUGCCGUCGAACUUCUCCGCGUUGCCCGAGAAGGGACCGAAGAAAGUGCGGUCACUGCUGGGUGUUGAUGGCCCGACGGAGGUGCAGGAGCACAUGUUGGUCAAUGUUUGGCACAAAGUGAAGGGCGCGAGCUCUUCAUCAUACCACAGCAAUACGGGUGGAUGUGUGCUUUGGCCUACGCUGAUGACACUGACCCCCGAGGAGGCGCAAGAUCGAGACCUCAUCUACAAGAAGUGUCUCGUGAAGGCACAUCAAAUGACCACGCUGUCGAUGUGGGACGAGGAAAUUACUUCUGACUCCACUUCUCCCGGCAGCGAUGAUCCCGUCAUCACGACCGAGGAAGACGCAUCGUCAAACCUCGAUCCCUCCAUCAAGACCAGCUCGGUCGAAGGGGAAGAUCUCCUCGAAGUGUCGAACUCUCCUGAAACAGGUGACUCUUCCAAACAGCCCGACACUCCUGACACGGAGAAUGUGCCACUAGAUAGCGAGCCGGCAUUCCUCAAGCCCGGCGAGAUGAUCCCGCCCGAGCUUCAGAAUGUCUUCGAAGUGCUCAUCCAAAGAGUCGGUGGCGACGCCGCCCUGCCCAUCGGCACCAACGCCCCCAACGACACCAGAGGCGCCAUCAGUCUUGACAAGCGCGCCGAAAUGGUCGCGAAACGUAACGCUCCGAAGCACUCAGAUCCCCCGUCUGAUGCGCAAUCUGCCAACAGCUCAGAUGACGAGUUGUCGGGCCAGUCCACUCAACCCGUCGCCACGCCGGAGAGCGAGGAUGAGGAUGAGCUCCCACCGCUCGCACCGAAGCUCUUGUCGCAUAAAGCGAAAGGCGCGCACCGCCACGCACAAAACAAGAAGUUCAAAAACAAGCACGGAAAACAAGCACGCAAAGGCAAAGCGGCGCAGACAGCGAACAGCUUCGCGACGCAGGAGUAUGAGCUGGAAGACAGCGAUGGCGGCGGGCUGAUUGUCAACAAUGGCGACUUCCUGGUGUGCGAGUGGUCCAAGAAGUGUUUCGACGUGUACUUCGGCGCGAAGCGCGAGAACGACGCGGAGGGGCGCGGCAUGGACAGCUUCGACGCGGCGCCGGUGAUCGAGGAUCCGGAAUAUGAGGAGAAGAAGGCCCGUCGGACGCGUCGGGCGCGCAAGGGCAUCACGUUGCAGGAUUGCUUCGCGGACUCGUCGAAGACGGAGAUUCUUUCCGAGGAGAACGUCUGGUAUUGCGGAUGCUGCAAAGACAACGUGCGGGCUGCAAAGACGCUCAACGUGUGGACGCUGCCGGACAUCCUGGUGGUGCACCUCAAGCGCUUUAGCUCCAACCGCGACCUGCGCAACAAACUCGGCGUGCUGGUCGACUUCCCGAUCGACGGGCUCGACCUGAACGAUUUCGUGGAGUUGAAAGACGAGGGGAAGGACUAUACGUACGAUCUCUUCGGCGUGGACAACCACAUGGGCCACAUGGGCGGCGGGCACUACACCGCGUUCGCUAAGAACUUCAUCAACAACGUCUGGUACAACUACAACGACUCCAGCGUCUCCACCAUCUCUGAGAACCAAAUCGUCACCUCCUCCGCCUACCUCCUUUUCUACCGCCGCCGCUCAUCCGCCCCGCUCGGGCCCGCCUACCUUCAGCAGCUCGUCCACGACUUCCACCACCCUCAGUCCGAGGACGAGGAUGAGGCGGAGGACGACACCCGCGACAAUUCGCCCAACCCGCUGUCGGGAAAGGGGAAACUUCGCGCCGGCUCGUCCCUCGCUGGCUCGUCGAGAGGCUCGCGGGCCGGCUCGACCGCAGCCGGAGCGGGAGCCCGGUCGCGCGGGGAUGGCUUGGACUCGGAAGCCGCGACGGAAGUCGACGACGAGAGGAUGAUUGAUGUCGACCACCACGACAAUGGGUUCGUCGACGGGUUGUUCACCGUGGAGCCGGCCCCGCCUGCCUAUCAGAGCACGUGGAGCUUCGCACGGGCGGAUAAGCUCGGGAAUGAGAUCGAUGACUCUGGGAACGAGGCUGGUGAUGGGUCCGAUGACAGUAUGGUUGCCGGCGGGCGCAGCCCGAGCAGCGACACUGCCGCCACCUUCGACGACGAGAUGCAGGGAUCCUACGAAGGCGCGACGGAGGUGUUCGAGUACGCCGAUCAUCAUUCGGGGUACGAGCACGAACAUGAAGAGCACACCCGCAUCGCGAACAACAGUCCCGCGCCGGCGGAUAAUACGACCAUGGUCAUUCAGGAGUUGGAGGAGUAUGCGAAGGAGGGGGGGCAGACAGUGGAGGUGAGGGUUGGAGAGGGGGACUGUGUGGUGCCGACGACGGACGCGGUGGGGAAGAAGAAGGAGGGUGAGAAGGUGGUUUGA